AUGUCCGAGAUCGUGCGUUGGAAGCUAGAGCGAGGAGCAACCGUGGGGCUUCUCGAACAGUUGAAUGGUAGUCAAACAGUUGGCUCAACUGUCAUGACCCUAUUCAGCUUCGGCUCAUUCAAUCUACUAAGCAUCUUAUUGCUCAUCACGUGGGCGUUCUCUCCUCUUGGAACCCAGGGCCUGCUGAGGAUGGAAUCCCGACGAAACGAGCCGCGGGUCAAGGAUAUAACUAUCACCUACUUCGACGAUGAUGCCAGGAGUAGGCUCGUCAAGUGGCAGGAGCUCUUUUCAACUGGAUCAUUCGGCCCUACUCCAGGUAUGCGCUCUUUGACGUCUCUGUAUGCGACUCUUGUCACUACGCCGGAAGCUACGAAAUUCGACACCAUGGACCUGUGGGGUAACGUUAGGAUACCGUUCUUGAAUCACACUGAGAACGAAUGGAGAGACCUGCCCAGUAAUUCUAGUGAGAUUGAGUAUUCUUCUUUGGCUGGUAUUCCAAUCAGCAAUCUUGAUAUUGGCAACACGACCUUUACCGUAAGGUCCAGCUAUCUUGACCUCCGCUGCCACAAUGCAACUGUUCUCACUGGUGAUCAGGCACCUGAGGGCUUCUUUGCACAUUUGGACCAUUCAAUGAUGGAUACAGCGGCCUCGUCUGCGGAGGAUCUUAAGGACAAGAUCUUCCGGAUGCCAAACGGCACCUGGCAUGGAUACAACUUCACCAACGGGGAUGCGACGACCUGGAGCUUGGCUCUCGACCGAUUUGUAGAUCCCAUUUGGCUGCUCAAGAAUAGAACGACAACCCGGGAACUUGAGUCGGACGACCGUUCCGCCAAGCGCGAGCGACCCAUUCUGUUCAGGAACGAGACGGGCAUCGACGUCGGCCCUACGACUCUCCUGUUCGAGGCAUACGCCGUGAGUGCCUUCACCGACAAACAACUGCGUGAACACAAUCACGUCAAGGCCACCUUUGGCGUCACCCAGAAAUACGUCGAAUCCCGGGUUGCCUGCAGACUGGCUGCCGCCGACAACACGAAGCCAAGCUGCAGGGUGAUCAGCCAAAGACCGUCGCAGCGACGGCAUGCGCCAGAAGGCAUUACGCACCUGUCAUUCCCCAAGGUGUUCAACCUCCUGUCGCAGAGACUACCGCUCGUAGUCGGGGGCUCGGUCAACUACCAGGCGGACUUUUCGCUAUACUACCUGAAGGACCCAACUCUCAGGGACAUGCAAUCCGACGAGAGGGCGUUUAUGAAGUCCUACACCGCCGAGACACUGGAGAUCCGUCUAGCUCAGCUUCUCAAUACGUUCUUGGCCGUGAGCCAACUGUCUUUCGAAAUCGCAGGAAGAGGGUCUGCUCAAAGGAAAGAUUCGGCUAACGUGGUCUCCCGGUCGAACGAGACUGUCCCAGCUGAGUUGAGGGAGCUUGUGGUUGUGGUCCAAAUAUCAGAUGUGUGGGCAGCCGUUUGCUUGUCGUCGGGUGUUGUUCUCCUCGCGGCGGGGGUAAUGGGAGUGGUCUUCAAACAUCGGGCAAGGGGGCCUGAGAUCUUUGGUUACAUAUCAACCAUAUUCCGCGAUUCAAAGUACUUUGAUCUCUCGCCCAAGGCUGAUCUGUUGGAUGGAGGGGACUUGUCAAAAACGUUGAGAGAGCUCCAAAUCCGACAUGGCAAUGUUGGGUCCAAGGACGGAGAGCCGGUUACCGGUGUUGUACCUCUGGGAGACACGGAAAUGGACCAUCUCAACUAG